AUGGCGCUUCCCAAGAGAAUCGUUAAAGAGACCGAAAGGCUGAUGGCUGAGCCUGUCCCCGGUAUUAGUGCUAUCCCCCACGAGGACAACCUUCGCUAUUUCGACGUCGAGAUUCACGGCCCUUCGCAAUCGCCAUAUGAGGGUGGCGUCUUCAAGCUCGAACUCUUCCUCCCCGAUGACUACCCCAUGACCCCUCCCAAGAUCCGCUUCCUCACCAAGAUCUACCACCCCAACGUUGACAAGCUGGGUCGCAUCUGCCUCGACGUCCUCAAGAACAACUGGUCCCCCGCCCUGCAAAUCCGCACCAUCCUCCUCUCCAUCCAAGCCCUCCUAGGUGCUCCCAACCCCGACGACCCGCUCGCCCCCGACGUGGCCAAGACCUGGAAGGAGAACCCCGACAUGGCCGUUGCCACCGCCCGCGAAUGGACACAGAAGUACGCCUUGCCCCAGUAG